AUUUUAGGGCUCUCUUUCCUGUUUGCACGUCAAAGAAAUGGUGAAUAGAGCGAGAAGCCGGCAGGGUUUCUCUUCGCUUCCUCGGCACUUAACGCGAUCGAUCCAGCUAGAGCAUGCAAUGCGGCUCCAAUCCGCCACAUUUCGAUCCCAGCCGCGGGAUUCCGUGAAAGAUGGGAGCUUCGUCCCAAAUCUCUGCUAGGAGCAAGGCGAGAAUGGAGAAAUCCGGCAUGGGGAGGCCCAAUCGCUGCCUCUUGAUCCUCGGCUUCGUGGUCUUCUGGUGGGUGAUCUUCUUCUUCAACUUCCUCUCCAUCGCCACUCCCAGCGAAGAUGGGGCUUCCAGUUCCAGAUCCAUCCACAUUCCAUUCUUUAGCUCGCGGCGGGAGCCUCUCAAGAGCAGUUACCCCAGUCCUGGCAAGCUCUCGCCAUCGCCAGUGAGAAGGGUCGAAUUCACGCCUCUCAACGAGCAUCUAUGGAAGCCGCUCAAGAUGUUUGGAGCCAGAGACGAUCGAUGCGCUGGGCGAUACGUCUACGUGCAUCGAUUGCCCAGAGAUCUCAACGAGGGAAUGCUGGACGACUGCCAGCAUCUAAGCUUGUGGACCAACAUGUGUAAGUUCACAGGCAAUGCCGGGCUUGGGCCUCCUCUGGAAGACAAGGACAACGCUUUCUCCGACCGUGGGUGGUACGCUACGAACCAGUUUGCCGUGGAGGUGAUCUUUCACAACCGGAUGAAGCAGUACGAUUGCCUUACGAACGACUCCUCCAUCGCUGCUGCCAUCUUUGUGCCAUACUACGCCGGCCUCGACAUCUCGAGAUACUUGUGGGGUGUCAACGUUUCGACGAGGGAUUCUGGAGCUCUGCGGAUGGUAGACUGGCUCGUGAGGCAGCCCGAGUGGAGGAGGAUGGGUGGACGCGACCACUUCAUGGUCGCGGGCAGGAUAACAUGGGACUUUAGACGAAAGACCGAGAAGGAGGACGACUGGGGGAACAAGCUGUUCAUCAUUCCCGAAGUGAAGAACAUCACUUCUCUGGUGAUCGAGGCCAGUCCGUGGCACUUCAACGACUUCGCCAUCCCGUAUCCAACUUACUUUCAUCCGACCCAGGACUCGGAUGUCGUGGACUGGCAAGUUAGAAUGCGGGGGAUGGAGCGGCCGGCUUUGUUUUCCUUCGCGGGAGCACCCAGGCAGCAGCUGAGAAAGUCGAUCCGUGAGCGGAUCAUGGACCAGUGCCGGGAGUCGCCGCAGUGCAAGCUCCUCGAGUGUGACUUCGGCGAGAGCAAGUGUCACGUUCCCAGUGCCGUGAUGAAGCUGUUCGAGGAGUCGGUCUUCUGCCUACAGCCGCAGGGAGAUUCGUUCACCCGGCGUUCCAUCUUCGACUCGAUGCUAGCCGGGUGCAUACCGGUCUUCUUCCACCCGGACUCGGCUUACUCACAGUUUGUGUGGCACCUCCCACGGAACCACCGCAAGUACUCGGUUUUCAUCUCCGAGAUCGACAUCCGCAGAGGAAACGUGAGCAUCGAGAGUGUGCUCCGACAGAUCCCCGCCGAUGAAGUCCUCAGGAUGAGAGAGGAGGUGAUCCAGCUGAUCCCGAGGCUGCUCUACGCGGAUCCGCGGCAGCGUCUGGAAUCCAUGCAGGACGCCUUCGACGUUGCGGUGGAGGCUGUUAUUGACAAGAACGCAAACUUGCGAACGGCUCUCUUGCAAGGCAAGGAUGACGACGAGCUGAGGAAGCUCCACAAGCCCGAAGGGGCGGAGACUGACGAGCUUGAUGGUUCAGAGGAAUCAAUCCGACGUUGGCAGUCUCAGGCGGGAAGAAAGAAGUAGAGAUUGGUGGCAGGCAAAGCCCCGCCGCUCCUACGUCGACGAUUUGUAGAUUUCGUAGAGAGAAUGUUUCGAUAUGGAUGUGGAAGGAGGCUUCAAGUGUUUUAAAAGUUCCAGAGUUUCAGGUGUGCAAUAAGAGAAAUGGAGCGCGGAUUCUUUU